GAAUGUUCCGUGAGAGAAACCGCGGCGUUUAUGCAUUUGUUUUAUGUAGUAGGAAUUUGUGCAACAUUUGUCGAUAAUAUCAAUGGAGAGAAGGCACACAUCCCAUGGACACAAGAGAAGAUUGGCCACAAGCCCAGCACCCUCAGCUCCAGUGACAUCACCAGAGUCUUUUCACACACAGACUUGAACCAGAUGUGGCAGAGGGACCUCAGGCCUCUGCGAGUGUCAUGGUACCCCAACUCUGCAGGUAGCCUGGCAGUGCAUCAGCACAUCAAGAGCACUCUGGGUUCUCUGAGGGCAGGCUGGGAUGUUAAGGAGGACACGUUUGAGUCACACCCCCCUUACGGUCCCAUGACUUUCAACAACAUCAUUGCUACCCUCAACCCCUCCGCCAAGCGUCGUCUGGUGCUGGCGUGCCACUAUGACUCCAAGUACUACCCUCUCCAGUGUCAUGGGUGUGAGUUCCUGGGUGCCACGGACUCAUCUGUGCACUGUGCCAUGAUGCUGGAGCUUGUACAGACUCUGGACCGUGAGCUAAAGAUUCUAAAGGAAUCCAAUCCCAACCUUUCUCUCCAGCUAUUGUUCUUUGAUGGUGAGGAAGCUCUGUUCCAGUGGACCGCUCCAGACUCCCUGUACGGCUCCAGUCAGCUCAGGAGAUGGAGAACACAGCACACCCACCUGGAGCCACAGACACCAACCAAAUGCAUUACCUGAUUGGAGGCCCUAGCCCUCGCUUUGGCAACCAGUUCCCCAACACUGCCUGGUGGCUCACCAAAAUGCAGAACAUUGGUGAGAGCUCACAGACUAUGAUCUGUGUCAUUCUAUCAGCCUCUGUCUGUCUGUCUGUCUGUCUGUCUGUCUGUCUGUCUGUCUGUCUGUCUGUCUGUCUGUCUGUCUGUCUGUCUGUCUGUCUGUCUGUCUGUCUGUCUGUCUGUCUGUCUGUCUGUCUGUCUUUUCAGAGCAUAGUUUGCAUCACAUUGGCCAGCUGAAGGACCAUCCAAAUGACUACUGCUGGCCUGGUAUGUCUGUGGGUCCGGUGCAGGAUGACCACAUGCCAUUCCUCCUAAGAGAGGGAUGGAGAUCAUUUCAAUAUUAAUUUGGAGGAGGGUUUGGAAGAGCUGUGGCGGGAAACAGUGGCUCAUGUUGGUGCGUUAACGUACAGAGCCUGACGUCAUUCCCAGAAGCUUUGUAAUUCUAUACGAUCACACAAAGAUCUGCUGUGGCCUUGCUAUUUGUGUCUAAAUGUACAUGACCUUACACUGUCCAGUUCAUAUUAGCAUAGAAAAACUUUCAGAAGUCAGGAGAUAAUAUGUAUAUUUCUAUUGUUAAUAUGUCAUCUUUAUUGGACACUGUGCUAUCUAACCUCCAAACGAGCUUCAAUGCCAUACAACACUCCUUCCGUAGCCUCCAACUGCUCUUAAACGCUAGUAAAACCAAAUGCAUGCUUUUCAACCGAUCGCUGCCUGCACCCGCAUGCCCGACUAGCAUCACCACACUGGAUGGUUCCGACCUUAAAUAUGUGGACACCUAUAAGUACCUAGGUGUCUGGCUAGACUGCAAACUCUCCUUCCAGACCCAUAUCAAACAUCUCCAAUCGAAAAUCAAAUCAAGAGUCGGCUUUCUAUUCUGUAACAAAGCCCCCUUCACUCACGCCGCCAAGCUUACCCUAGUAAAACUGACUAUCCUACCAAUCCUCGACUUCGGCGAUGUCAUCUACAAAAUUGCUUCCAACACUCUUCUCAGCAAACUGGAUGCAGUUUAUCACAGUGCCAUCCGUUUUGUCACUAAAGCACCUUAUACUACCCACCACUGCGACUUGUAUGCUCUAGUCGGCUGGCCCUCGCUACAUAUUCGUCGCAAGACCCACUGGCUCCAGGUCAUCUACAAGGCCAUGCUAGGUAAAGCUCCGCCUUAUCUCAGUUCACUGGUCACGAUGGCAACACCCAUCCGUAGCACGCGCUCCAGCAGGUGUAUCUCACUGACCAUCCCUAAAGCCAACACCUCAUUCGGCCGCCUUUCGUUCCAGUACUCUGCUGCCUGUGACUGGAACGAAUUGCAAAAAUCGCUGAAGUUGGAGACCUUUAUCUCCCUCACCAACUUCAAACAUCAGCUAUCUGAGCAGCUAACCGAUCGCUGCAGCUGUACAUAAUCUAUUGGUAAAUAGCCCACCCAUUUUAACCUACCUCAUCCCCACAGUUUUUAUUUAUUUACUUUUCUGCUCUUUUGCACACCAAUAUCUCUACCUGUACAUGAUCAUCUGAUCAUUUAUCACUCCAGUGUUAAUCUGCAAUAUUGUAAUUAUUCACCUACCUCCUCAUGCCUUUUACACACAUUGUAUAUAGACUCCCCUUUUUUUCUACUGUGUUAUUGACUUGUUAAUUGUUUACUCCAUGUGUAACUCUGUGUUGUCUGUUCACACUGCUAUGCUUUAUCUUGGCCAGGUCGCAGUUGUAAAUGAGAACUUGUUCUCAACUAGCCUACCUGGUUAAAUAAAGGUGAAAUAAAAAUAAAAUAAAAAAUGUUCUCCUUAUAUCCUGCAAGGUCACAUAGAAAUAUAAGGUGAAAAGCCUGCUGUGUUUUUAUGACAAUGUUAGCUACGUUUUGAUGUUCUACAUCUGCACUGCUUGCUGUUUGGGAUUUCAGGUUAGGUCUCUGUAUCUGCUGAUGUAAAAAGGGCUUUAUAAAUAUAUUUGUUUGAAUGAUUGAUUGAUGCUGGUCUUGGAAUAAUACACACUGCAAAAAAUGUACAUCCUUUAUUUGAGUCUGAAAUAAAUGUUGAUCCAAAAA